AUGUUUGCGCAAAUGGCGGCAAACAUGGGCUCUGUUGCUGCAGGUUCCGUCAUCGGUCAUGGCAUUUCUCGCGCUAUUUUUGGUGGAGGAGAGGCUGCUGCUGCACCCGCUCCGGAACAAGCUGCUCCAGCUGCUCCUGCGCAGCAGGCAUCGUCUGGUAUUAGCUGUGACGUUCAGGCAAAGAGCUUUACCCAGUGCUUGGAAAAGGCGGACUUGCCGAGCUGCACUUGGUACCUUGAGCAGCUCAAGGCAUGCCAAGCGGCUGCUGCACCUUACUGA